CCCCGUGCACCGAGCGGCGCGCUGGUAGCAGGUUGGCCGGACCACGUCGCUGCUGUUCCCGCUCCGACCCCACGCUGUCCGGAUACAGACUGACACCAGAAAGGGACUCCGUUACGGUUACGGGAGACUUAAAAAACAAAGCAAAACACGAAAAUCAACUCUUAUUGGACAAGCUGAGCUGCUGAGCUGCUUCUGCACCUCUCGGUGGUCAGCGGACACUCGGUGGAGUACGACUCGAGAGGCUGACAGCUGAGAGGCUCCUGACUGCAUGAGGAGGCCGAGUGGCAGGACCCUGGUCCUCACGUAGACCCCUCCUAUAACCCCCCUCCACCCCACUGCCCAGACAUGAGGCUGUUCCGAUCGUUCGCCAACGACGACCGCCACGUCAUGGCCAAGCAUGCCAGCGUCUACCCGGCCCCGGAGGAGCUGGAGGCCAUCCAGACGCUGGUGUCCACCGUGGAGGGAGCCCUGAAGAAGGUCUCCGAUUGGAUGGAUGGCCUCAAAACCUCCUCAGGGAAGACUUCCACCAGUGAUGAUGCCGGGUGCAGGAAGGAGGAGGACAGUGCUGCUGAGGCCGAGUGCGACGGUACGUCGGUGCUGUGCGGGGUGACGCGUGUCGGCCUGGUGGCCAAAGGCCUGCUGAUCAAACACGACCUGAACCUGGAGCUGGUGCUGAUGUGCAGAGAGAGACCCACCAAGCUGCUGCUGUACACCAUCAGCGCCAACCUGCCGCUGCAGAUCCAGACAAUGACGGACGACAAAUAUGAAGUGCGGUCGUGCGUUCCCGAGGCAGCGAUCCAGGUCUGCAGCACCAAAGACCCCCGACUCUCACUGAAGAUCACCCUCUCCUCUUUAGCCAUGAGGGAUGAACACGACACAGGUGAAGAGGAGGACACUCAGGCUGCUGAGGAGGAGAGCGAAGGAAAGCAAGAGGAGGAAGCGAAGGAGGAGGAAGAUGUCCUUGACGGACAGAAGUGCCAGGCGGCGCUGGCUGCGCUCCGACACGCCAAGUGGUUCCAGGCCCGGGUCACGGACCUGAAGUCCUGCGUGGUCGUUUUGAGGAUUCUCAGAGAGAUGUGCAACCGCCUGCCGGAGUGGCAGCCUCUCAAAGGAUGGCCGUUGGAGGUGAUCUGUGAAAAGGCCAUAGCCACCUGUAACCGGCCGUUGGGUCCAGGUGAGGCCCUGCGCCGCGUCAUGGAGUGCAUCGCCUCAGGAGUCCUUUUACCAGGAGGUCCAGGAGUUCAUGACCCGUGUGAGAGGGAACCCAGAGACGUCUUGUCUGACCUCAGCGCCCAGCAGGCUGAUGCCAUCACUCACAGCGCCCAGCACGCGUUACGCCUUGUAGCAUUCGGACAGCUUUACAAGGUCCUGAAUAUGGAUCCUCUGCCUGCCAGCAAGCCCUGCCCAAGGCUGUUAGAAGGCGGCUGUCUGAAGAGGCUCCGGGAGGAUGUGGGCUCUGAAGACAGAGACUUCCUGAAAAGGAUGAAAGUCCUGGACUGGAGGAUGACCGACCCAAACCACCCCAUGAACGCCCUGAUGCGUCUGAACCAGAUCCACCCGGGCCUUCAGUACCGCCUCCUGUCCCAGUCAGGUCCGGUCCACGCUCCCGUCUUCACCAUGUCCGUGGAGAUCCAGGGGACCACCUACCAGGCCACUGGGAACUCCAAACGAACCGCCAAGCUCCAGGUCGCCCUCAAGGCUCUGCAGGCCCUGGGCUACGUGCUCGGCUGCGACGCAGACCUGGACUCGCUGAGCGCCGACGAGAAGUCAGAUGGCGAAGGCAAGAACGACAGGAUGUCCACCAGCUCCAGCUCCACAUCCGUCACCUCCUCCACAGAGACGCAGGAGUCCAGAGCUCCAGGUCCAAUCCUGACGGCAGGAGGGAAAAACCCGGUGAUGGAGCUGAACGAGAAGCGCCGCGGCCUGAAAUACGAGCUGAUCUCAGAGAGUGGAAGCAGCUACGACAAACGUUUUAUCAUAGAGGUGGAGGUGGACAAACAGGUUUUUCGGGGAACUGGUCCCAAUAAGAAAGUAGCCAAAGCCAGUGCAGCGCUGGCCGCUCUGAACAGCCUGUUCUCUGGCUCCAAGUCUGCGAGCAGCAAGAAGAAACGACCCAACCCUCCUCCCAAACGACCCGUGACGUCGGUGCUGACCAUCCCGACCCUCGCUGCCAGACCUCCUCGAGUCCCCGUGAUCCCCAGAGCUCCUUACAUCAGCUCCCCGCCCACACACAGCUACAUCCCUCCAGGUUUUGGUGCUCCUUACGGCUACAGCCCUGCAGGCGCCCUCCCUGCUUACGGUUUUCCCUCCAGAUUGCCCUCAAUAGUUGUUCCCGUCAUCAGAGUCCCCCCAGCUUACCCUGUCACUCACCUCUACCCCUAUUAGGACCCCUCGCCCCCCCUCAGUCCACUUGUUAAAGGAAAACCCUCUCUUGAGCUGUGUGGUCUGUGGGUUUGGCUCCAAACCUUUCAGAGUCAUUAAUCCCAACUGAUUCAUUAAAAGUGUCGGACUGCACGAGCUGCUGAAACCAGACUGAAACUAAAACAAUUAAUGAGACAAAAACACCAACAAUUCAGGGAAUUUAACUCAUUAGAUCAGUAGGUUUGAUUUGGUUUACAGAUCCUGACUGCCAGCAGGAUAAAUUAAAACCUUCUCUGUUUCUACUUUGUUUUUUUACAGAUUUAUCUCCACUUUUUAGGUUGUGAUAAAACCUUUAAUAUGAAUUUGUUCACCUUUAUUAAUUUUUUCAAAACAAACUUCUGUAAAUAAAAGGAAGAACUGAUUAUCAUAGAAAAGCUGAAUUCGUCUGUUUUAUAUUUUCAUUUUUGUUUUGUUUUUGUUGUUGAAGUGUUUGUUGAAAAUGUUUGUGCUCAUUUCUGUUUGAGUCGUGCACAUUUUCACUUCCACCUCAGAUUUCUACAACUAAAACUGCAGUGUUACGUUUUUAGAUCAAGGUUUGGAAAAUAUGAAUUUCUGUUAAACAAAAAUCUGCAGCUGUAAUUUUAAGUUCAUUAAAAAUAUAUUCAAUAAAUAUAUUGUUGGAAAUUUAAAGUUAUAUUUAUUUUAUUUCAUUAAAUAAUUAAAAGUUUGUUGUGUUGAACCAAAUUAAUACAAAUCUUUACAAAACAACUGGACCUUUUUAAUAAUUACAUUUUAUCAGCAGCUGAAGGAGUUUAAUAUAAAGAAAUUUAACUUGAGGAAUAAAAUCCAAACCAACUGUUUUAAAGAGUGGAAUAUUCCUUUAACAAUCCCUCCUGGACGUUUGUGUUAAUCUGUUUUGUUUUGUUCUGUUGAGAGAAAAAGAAACUGGUUUACAAAAAUCUGAUUUACUGAAAAACGUUUUUCUUUUGUUUACAUUUGCUGUUUGAGCCACAGAGUUCAAAUCUUUCUGCACAGAAAACUCUCAUUUUGACCUGUUUGUAGCUAAUGUUCUUUCUAAAUAAAUAUUAUUUUGUCAAAUAUG